AAAUACUUCAGACCUGUCUGGCAUGCACCUUCCGAUGGUGCUGAGAUUGCUGGGAAUUGAGGAUUCUCUCCUAAAGUCCCCCCUUUUGAAGAACAUCACAUUGCUGCACACCUGCAGCUGUACAGUUUUGAGGACCUGCAGCCAGUACCCUUACUCCAUGUGGGGCUUGAGGGAUUAGUAGGACUAGUUGCCAAAUAAAGUGGCGUAUAACACAAAUAAGAUCAACAAGCUCUGGGCCUUGCUGCUUACGUAGAUGGUAUCUCUCAUGUUUUUUAACUGCAAGAUCUGUUGAGCCUUGUGAAAUGAUGGAUUUAACUUAAAUCCUGUUUUACAAAGUUUGCCAGAUUCUUUCUUGGCUUUAUAAAUCCCAUCAGUGAUCUAGCAAGUCAUUUCAUCUUUUAGAAAGAACUGGAGGCAGAGGAAUUCAACAGGGGCUAUUGAAUUAAACAAAUGCAAAGUUCUCAAUAAGUAGCCAGAAAAUGUAUUUCUCUAAAAACGACUUCCAACAGUAUAUUUUCAUAAUCAAGUCCCUGACUAUGUCACAUCCAACAGAUCAGAAAUUUCUCAGGCCCUAUAUCUGAGCUAGGUGCAUCAGAAGAAAUCGGGUGCUCAAAUGCCUUGUUGUGUGCCAAGGUCCAGUGUUUAUAGGUCACCAAUAUUCACGUGGCCUCCACUUAACCCUUUAGCAUGGAACUGAACCCAGGUCUCUCAUAUCCCUGGCUGAGUACUGAAAAUGUUGGACCUCUCAGUGAAACAGUGGCUUCCUUCACAGCUGCCCUUUGUGGAGGGUGUGUGCAGUUCAAUCAGGCUUGUCUGAGAAGGUCUCAGCCUGAGGCGAGAGGGAAUGCCUGUUUUAGGGAUGCUGAGGGAGCUUUUCUAUGAGGCAGACCUUGAGCUGGUUGGCAAUGCCAAGUCUCAGGCAGUUAGGCUUGCAGCCAGCCUCAGAAGCACGGGGUCUGUCCCUGGAAAUGCAGCCAGAAGGGAGUUCAGCUGCCUGUAAGGUGCAGCAGGGGUUUUGUGAGUAACGGUGAGACCAAGGGAUGGACACAGUAGGCAUCAAUGGUGGAGUGUAGGCAUGCUACCUUCUCCUUGUGCACUGAAACCUCAGUGCAGAAGGGUCUCUUACUAUUACAUUUUGAUUUCAGAACGUAGAAGAACGAGGUUAGUGCAUUUAUUUAACGUGCCUGGUGGAAAUAUUUUAAGACUACCUUCUCUGUGUAACUAUCUUGACUGUUACCAGCUCCUUCAGUUAGAGUCCGCAUCAGCGUGAAUGCAAUUUCCAUGCAUUGUUUCAGUCUGGAAAUGAAACAAUUUUCAUUAAUGGAAACCUGGUUCUCAAGCAGAACAAUUAGACCCACUUCAGGUUGAAAAAAGAUAAAAGCAUGCUAAUUUGGAUGGAGGACUCUUCUUUCAAGGCAGCCAAUUGAGUCAUCAGCCUGCCACCCACCUGACCGUCUGACAGCUACCUGAAGUUUCUGGCAGUAAAGUCGUCAUGGCAGACCUGGGCUGCAAAAAGCCCAACGACUGCACCGUCUCCAGGCUACUCAGCGUAGUGGAGAGUGAACUCCGGGCUGGGAGAGACAAAGGCGACCCCACUGAGAAACAGCUCCAGGUUGUCUUGGAGGAUGCUACACUCUGGCAGAGAUUCAGGGAAGUCACUAAUGAGAUGAUCGUGACCAAGAAUGGCAGGCGGAUGUUCCCUGUUUUGAAAAUCAGCGUGUCAGGCUUGGACCCAAAUGCCAUGUAUUCCUUCCUGUUGGACUUUGCCCCAACUGACGGCCACCGCUGGAAGUACGUCAACGGAGAAUGGGUGCCAGCUGGGAAACCAGAGCCACCAAACCACAGCUGCGUCUACAUCCACCCAGACUCUCCCAACUUUGGGGCUCAUUGGAUGAAAGCUGCCAUUUCCUUCAGCAAAGUCAAACUUACCAACAAGCUCAAUGGGAGUGGGCAGAUAAUGUUGAACUCCCUGCAUAAAUAUGAGCCCCAGGUACACAUAGUUCGCGUAGGAGGCCCCCACCGGAUGGUGAUGAACUGUUCCUUCCCUGAGACGCAGUUCAUAGCUGUGACUGCCUAUCAAAAUGAAGAGAUAACAGCUCUCAAAAUCAAGUAUAAUCCCUUUGCCAAAGCCUUCCUGGAUGCGAAAGAAAGAAACCAUCCCAAGGAUGCUCCAGAAACAGUCUCUGAAGGUCAACAUAUGACAUAUUCUCACUUGGGUGGCUGGUUGAUUUCCAACCCAGAUACAAUGUGUGCAUCAGGAAGCUCUAAUUAUCAGUACACUGGACCUUUGCCUCUGCCAGCUCCACACACUCCCCACGGCUGCGAGCGAUAUUCAGCGCUGCGAGGGCAUCGGGCUGCUCCGUACCCACCUUCCUACAUGCAGAGAAAUCAUUCACCUACAGUUAAUUUGUUGGAGAGCUCCAGCAAUAAUCUUCCGGUGUUCUCUGGACAUGACAGCUGGACUUUGCCAUCCUCUCCACAUGCUAAUUUGCUCUCAGUGCCACACACGAAGGGAGCUGCCAGCCCUGGACCCAGCCACUACCCUUGCCUGUGGACAGUGAGCAACAGUGCUGUAAAUGUUGCCAACCCAGGAAGCGAGGUGAACAGCAGCCCUUCAAGCAUGUUUCUAAGGGGUAAUGUCCCCUUACCCACCGCGUCAUCGGUCCAAAUCCCUCUGCAGGGAACGGUGUCGGGCGGUAUGGAAACACAAGGGGAAACCGCUCUAGGCAGACUAGCCGACUCUGUGUGGCCAUCCUCACACUCCUUUUAAUGGACAGGCAGCUCAUGAGGGAAGCUCAGCCAAACGAGACUGACACAAAUGGCAAACGAGGCCCCUAGAACUGCAGCUCAGAGCAGGGAUGUGUAUGCAAAAAACUAACUUCAUUGAACAUCACUUUCCAUAAUGUACCUAUUGUGUGCCAGAGAAGCUAAAAUGCAUAAUGCAAAGGCAGGAAAUGUUAUGGGAACCAGCUUAUUACUGUAACCUUUAUGUGUCAUUCAGGAUGAAAGAAUCUUUAUAGUUAGUUUUUGCUUCUAUAUCACAUUAAAAAAUGGUCAGAGACAUGGGACUGAGUGAAGCAGACACAGCAGCUGAAUGUUUGCAUGUAAUUUUAAAAGUCCUUUCUGUAACUAACAGCCAAGUCCAGGGGAAAUUGUGAGCAAGUUUGCAACUGGUAAUUUGAAGGGACAGCACUGCUUUAAAGACUUUCCAAAUCUGUCACAUGAAGGUUUUCAGAAUACCUGAAACUAAACCUUUCAGGGGAUGAAAGUAGUCUGACACCCUAAUGCCACCUCCAUACAGUAUUCUCUGUCCCCUUCCCUGCUCCAGCUCCUGUUUGCUGUUUGUGUGCUGUAGGGAUAAUGAACACACUGAAGAUGAGAAAGUGGCUGCAUUGUAGCAGCAGGGUGAAGGGCAUCUGGUUUAGCAUUUUAUAGUCUGAUGUGAUGGUCUUUGAAAUGAAAAGUUUCAAUGUUUUCUAUAUGUGCUAUUUUUGAAAGGGUGGAGGGAAAAGAAUUGUAGGAAGAAGAUUCAGCUUGCAUUUCCACUUUGUUUCAGGUAUAGAGUACAAAUAAAAUAUGAAUAAAUGGUGUAUUAUCUCUUCAGUGCCUUUCCAAGGUGUAAACACACAGUCUUUUUCACCUAACAGCCUCUGAGCAAUUUAAAGCAGCUCUGCCAGAAGCAA